CGUGUUAGAACGACCAUGCGUCGCAUUCUCCCGUGUUAACUCGACGGAGUCACCAUGAAUCGAGCAGUUCUGACGUUGUUAUGCAUGUGUGUCCUGGCGCCGUGGGUGCGCACUAUGAGUGUGACCAAGGAUAGAUUUACGGACAUGCAAACAGUCGCAGACGGUGGUGAAGGCGGUUUGGCCAAACUACUGGAACUCCUGGCUACGAGCACAAGCGCUAAGGCGGAAGAAGCAGACGAAUCAUCAGACGAGGAGAGCGUGGUCAUAACAGACAAAGUAUCAGACGAAAUCAUCAAAGCGCUUGCAGAAGACAUUGAUCUGAAUCUCGAGGACAUUGUUAAAGGUUGUAGCCACGGAAAGUGCAGUUUCUGUACCAAAGGCAAGUUCCUGAAGGUGUGCGUCAAUGCCGGCCUGGUCAAGCUGGGAUUUCAGCUGAGCGUCACAGUAAACGGCCACACAGUCUACCGGAAGGUAGUGAGUAUUCGGAACCCGCCGCCGUUCUGCGUCAACAAUGUCCCGUUCCUAAAACACGUGGCAAACUUCUGUAUCCAGAUCUACAACGUUGACCUCGCUAAGAAGUCCGCGUGCGUCAAGGUCACGUUCAAGGUCUUUGGGAAAAAGAUCUCGCUGAAGGUCGGUUGCUUCAAGAUCCCCCAUGCCAUGCUGGAAGGGAUGGAUACAGCCGAUGUUUCUGUCGACCAGGGCAGCGCUCUGAUGUUUACACCAUACCAGAAAAACAAUUAACUUAGCUUACAAAAGACAAUGGCGAAUCGCAAUACCAUUAAACUGUUUGAUCUUGAUUUUUUUCAUGAUAUGAAUAAUUGCACACGCAAUGCAAUGUCAGCACUAAAGAAGUACUUGUCAAACUGUGAUAGCAAAUAAAUUGAUGCAUUGUU